UGUCCAGCGCCGUAGUGUCGCGGCUCCCCCAGUAGCGACGGCGGCGGCAGUAAAGAGGCGGAGAGGCGCGGUGGCUGCGGCGUGAUCCUGCGAACUGCGCUCGCUGACAGCUCAGUGACCGACUGAGUGACGGAGCGCCGCUUAAAUCCGAGCUCAUCUCAACUCUGUCAACCGUGAUCCCCGGGAGAGCUGCAUGCAGGAGACUAUGAGCGUUGGGUUAGCUUCUUUAACGGAAGAGCGAAGCUUGUGUGGAUAGAGGUUGGGCUGCAGUGCGAUGGAUACGAUAAGAAGCUACGCGGCGUGGCUGCUGUGGCUGUGGUUGCUAGGACACAGCGACGCCUUUUUGCGAUGGACUGCGGGGAAGGAGAGCUCAGAGGGCACGAGUGGAGGAACCCUGAGGCGCUCGAAACGCGGCUGGAUGUGGAACCAGUUCUUUUUACAAGAGGAGUACAUGGGGACCGAGAAGCAGUACAUCGGAAAGCUCCAGUCGGACCUGGACAAAGGUGACGGCAGCGUGCAGUACAUCCUCUCAGGGGAGGGGGCCGGCUCCAUCUUCACUAUCGAGGAAGCCACCGGCAACCUGCACGCCAUAAAGCGUCUGGACCGCGAGGAGAAGGCCCAGUACAUGCUGAGGGUCCGGGCUCAGAACAAGGUCACCGGGCAGCCCAUCGAGCGCGAGACCGAAUUCGUGGUAAAGAUCCACGACAUCAACGACAACGCCCCGACAUUCACGGAGGAGCCCUACACAGCCAGCGUGCUGGAAAUGUCACCCGUGGGCACAUCUGUGACUCAGGUGACGGCCAUAGACGCUGAUGACAGCACGUACGGCACCAGCGCCAAGCUGGCGUACAGCCUGCUGGAGGGGCAGCCCUACUUCUCGGUCGAUCCGGAAACAGGCAUCAUCAGGACAGCCCUCCCCAACUUAGACAGGGAGAAGCUGGCCAGUUACAAGGUAGUGAUCAAGGCCAAAGACAUGGCGGGGCAGAUUGGGGGCCUGUAUAGCUCGGCCACCGUCAGCAUCACCCUGCUGGAUGUGAAUGACAACCCGCCACAAUUCCCGCAGAGUCUGUCUGAGUUCAGCGCCCUGGAGGCCACGGAUGUGGGAUACCUAGUGGGAAAGGUGAAUGCCGUGGAUGCAGACAUCGGCAGAAACGCUGAGGUCACCUACAGCAUCGUCGAAGGGGACGGGUUGGACAUGUUCAAAAUCACCACGGACGCGGCCACUCAGGGAGGCGUCAUUACUGUGAAGAAGCCUUUGGACUACGAGAAAAAGAAGUCAUACACACUGAAGGUGCAGGCUGAGAACACGUACCCAGACCCCCGCUUCCUAUGGGGUGACUCUGCCAAGGCCACGACCAUGGUGCGCAUCGCCGUCAGAGAUGUGGACGAGCCCCCGAUGUUCGAAAAGGCCUCCUACAUCAUGGAGGUGAAAGAGGAUGUAGCCGUGGGAACAGCCGUUGGCUCCGUGACUGCCUCCGACCACGACGCCAUACGCAACCCCGUCAGGUACUCCAUUAAUCGUCACAGAGACCUCGACCGGCUUUUCAGCGUGGACCCGGUCAACGGAUCCAUAUUUACCCAGAAGUCACUGGACCGCGAGGAAGCUGUCUGGCACAACAUCUCCGUGAUCGCCACCGAGCUUAGUAGCCAGCGACAGAGCAGUGAGGUGCCCGUCUACAUCCAGCUGCUGGACGUCAAUGAUAACGCGCCCACCUUCUCCUUUUUCUAUGAGGCACACAUGUGUGAAGGUGUCAAGGGUGGCCAGGUCAUACUAAACGUGAGCGCCACGGACGCUGACGCUCCGCUGGGAGGACAUAAGUUCUCCUUCAUGUUGGACUCGGAGAGCACCGUCAGAGCCAACUUCUCAGUCCGUGACAACAAAGAUAACACGGCUUCCAUUCUGACCCGGCAUGGAGGCUUCAGCCGUCUGCAGAAAAGUAGCUACCUGAUUCCUGUGGUUAUCACCGACGGUGAUUACCCCCGGCAGAGCAGCACCAACACGCUGCUGGUGCACGUGUGCCCGUGCGACCGCUACUACAACGUGGAGUCAUGUAACCUGGAGGCCCUGUCCCAAUCUGCCGGACUCAGCACCGCCGCCCUGGUGGCCAUCCUCCUCUGCAUCGUCAUCCUCCUCACGACGGUGGUGCUCUUCACGGCCCUGAGGCGACAGAGGAAGAAGGAGCCGCUGAUAUUCUCCAAGGACGACGUGCGAGACAACAUCGUCAGCUACAACGACGAAGGCGGCGGCGAGGAAGACACGCAGGCCUUCGACAUCGGCACGCUGCGCCACCCGGAGGCGGUGGAGGAGAGCAAGGCACGGCGUGACAUUGUCCCUGAGGCGCUGUACCUGCCCGCCCGCUGCGCGGCGGCCGGCCCGGCAAGGGACAACGCCGACGUCCGCAACUUCAUCAACCAGCGGGUGCAUGACAACGACAGCAACCCCACAGCGCCCCCUUAUGACUCCCUUGCCACGUAUGCCUACGAGGGGAGCGGCUCGAUCGCCGAUUCUCUGAGCUCACUAGGCUCGGCCUCCACUGAGGGAGACCAGGACUAUGAUUACCUCAGAGAGUGGGGGCCCCGUUUUAGGAAACUGGCGGAAAUGUACGGUGGGGAGGACUGCCGUCGAUAUUCCUAAUGGAUCAUUGGUGGGAAUACCGGGAACAAAACUGGGGAACAGGAAAGAGCAGAAAACAGGCACAAAGGAUCUAUCCUGGCACUGAAGACGGCCGCUCGGGGAGAGGGCAGAAACGCGGCCCCCACUUUGACCAAGUGCCCUUUUUCUUUUCAUAUAAUCCUCAUCUGUUCAUCCUUUCGCUGACCAGACUGGUCCCAACAGAUGCGGGUUCUCUAACCGUCUACGUUUCCUCAGCAUACAGACAUUAAAAUGUGUUUCCCUCUCUUACAGGCUUUUGUUGCCACUCCGUUCACCGUGUGAGAUGGGAUUUUUUUUUCACUUUUUACGGAAAAUCUUUGACGAACUUACUUGCAUACUUUUACGUGAUCCCCGGGACACGUGCGCCGUUUGUGAGCUGAGUCUUAAACGUUCCGUCAAGCCCUUUGUGUUUCAUAAUGACAAGUUUGUAAUCUCUUAAAUGCUGAUUUUUAACUGCCGUUUCCUUCAGCUUGAUGUACACUUGCAGAGGAGCAGGUUCUAAAUUAAUGGAGGCUCGUGUAUUGGAUGACAGUAUCUCUCAGUAUCUUUUAUCUCCGCUUUUAAUUACUACGUUUUUUUUUUUUGAUGGCAAAGCCCAAACUUGACUUGACUCGUGUUGUGAUGUUUUUUAUGACAUGGCAUGGAGAUGAAGGGUAAUCAUUUCUAUUUGAGAAAUAACCUGUUACGUGUUGUUUUACUUUAUAUUUUCGUUGUUAUAUAUUUUUCUGUUUCGUUUCUGUAUUUUCGUCAUGUGUACCUCUCAGGGUUGAAAAGAUCCGUCUGCCAAAAUCAACGUGUCAUGGGGGGAGGGCAGUGAGUUUGCUAUAUGAACAAAGGUGGAUGGCUUAACCACCCUAAAUCUACAGGGGGCACUCUUCUACUGUUUACUGUAACUUUAACUAGAACAAUGACCUUUGUGAAGGAGUUACUAUGACUAUAUCAGGAAUAAUUGUAACACGUUCUGAGAAAGUAUUCACCGGCAUGCCAUGAAGGAAACUCUAGUACGAUCAAGGGAAAAUCUGCUUGUCUGAAAAAACAAAAAUCAAGUGCGAUAUUAUUCCCUGAUGUAGCUAAGCAGUGGAGGAAAUGAAUUAAAGAAAUUUUUCAUGUAUGUUCUCCCAGAAAAUUGUAACAUGACUGUGGAAACUUGGUCAAGAACUCUAUGGAAAUUUUAAUGAAUACAUUUAAAUUAAUUUAACUUAAUAAGCUUAAACAUAUUAAUUAAAUGUUUGAUAUUGCAGUAAAAACUGCCUAGUACUCUUGGCAAAGCCUUUUCCAAUACUGAGUUCUGAAAUUCAAAUCUUUAUGAUGUUAAGUGAGUCUUGCAUUCUGCUAUAAAUGGAACAAUAUGUCAUUAAGUGAGGACUUACUGUAUAUAGGAUCUUUACAAUUCUGCUAGUAGGUGUACACUCAAAUUAUUAAUUACCUCUGGCUGGUUCAUUGUCCCAAUUUUGUUGGUGAUUUUUUUAUUGUAGCUAAACCAUUUUGUUCAAAGGAAGCUGAGAUUAUGUGCAUUGAGUUCAUAAAUCGAAUGCUAAUGUGCUUUGUAAUGUGACAUUUUGUACCAAACAUUUAUAUGACUCUCCCUGACAGUUAAGAAGCAUAAACCAACAGGAGAAAUAACAGGAAAAAAUAUUGUGACUUUUGAACUGUAUAUUGGAACAUUGGAGCAGUGUAGCGCUCGAGCAGCAAUGUAUUAUUACACAUUUAUUAAAUAAAUGACAUUUUUUAAGAAAA